AUGUCGCAGCCAGAUUACGAGAUUUACAAGCUUGGGGACUGGGACUUGCAGAGUGGGGAGAAGAUUGUCGAUGCCCAUAUCGCGUACAAGACCUUUGGUGAUCCCAAGCUCCCAGCGAUCGUUUAUCCUACUUGGUUUUCGGGUGCUAUCGCUGACAAUAUCUGGUUAAUCGGAGAAGACAAGACCCUCAACCCGAAAGAAUACUUCAUUAUCAUCACCGCACUAUUUGGUAAUGGGCAGUCCUCGUCUCCUUCCAACCAACCCAGUCCGAAGCCCUUCCCCAAGGUUUCAUUCUACGACAAUGUUCGCGCUCAGCACAAGCUCGUCACCAAGCAUUUCGGCAUCACCCACCUGCGCGCCGUCCUAGGCUGGUCCAUGGGCGCAGGCCAGACCUACCAGUGGGUGACGCAGUUCCCGGAUUUCAUGGAUAUUGCAGUGCCAUUCUGCGGCUCGGCAAAGACAUCCCUGCACAAUAAGGUGUUUCUCGAAGGAGUCAAGACGGCCCUUCUGGCUGUGAAGAAUACUCGCUCGGCUGGGUCUGGGAAUGGUGCAGUAAAGGAAGACAGCGCCGAGGUUCGGAUUUGGAGUGAUAGAGACAGGGAAGUUGGUCUCAAGGCUAUGGGGAGAGUAUAUGCUGGAUGGGGGUUCAGCCAGGCAUUCUAUCGUCAGAAGCUGUAUGAAACAGCCCUGGGAUACAAAGACCUCGAAGACUUCUUGCAGAAUCAUUGGGAGAAGUGGGCUUGCUCGAAGGAUCCUGAGAACCUACUUGUGAUGAUGCAGACCUGGCAGAAUGGAGAUGUCUCCCAGCAGGAACCAUACAAGGGAGAUUUUGAAAAAGCGAUGGCCUCGAUCAAGGCGAAAACGCUAGUUCUGCCAGCCAAGACUGAUCUUUACUUCCCACCCGAAGACUCGGAAUACGAGGUCGCCUGUAUGAAGCCUGGCGUUGGGACGCUAGGUGUUUUCCCUUCUAUCUGGGGACACUGGGCGGGAGGCCCCGGUGAUAGCAAGGAGGAUGUCGCAUGGUUGGAUAAGCAGAUGGCCGAUUUCUUUGCGGCUAACCCGCCGGACGGGGUUAAGGCAUUGGGGGAGAAGCUUCAAGAAACGCUGUAA